AUGUCAAAUAUAGUGACCUCCGUUGACAGACGAUUUGUUCAGAGGGAUGUUAGCACAGCUCGGGAGGCUGAGUCCUUGAAGGGCAAGAUUAGUGUCGCGGACAUGGGAUCGAACAUUGCUCGAUCCCAGCCUCCUUCGUCAUCGUUAUCCAAGCAAGCAGUUGUUAAUGACAGGCCACAAAAGAAAUUGUCCAAAAGACCAACAAGAUUUAAUGACGAUGAUAUUGAAGGAGAUUUGACUUAUGUUGCCAAUACGCCUGUGGCAAGAGAAGUGUUAGAUCUUAUAAUGAGCUGGGUACAGUCGUAUUUAGAAGAUGUCAGUCAUGAAACUAUCCGUAGUGCAGCUGAUGCUAUAUUAGUUGCUGUGAAAGAUCAGGCGCUCAAAGAUUCGGAAAAGAAGAAAGAAGUGGAAGAUAUAGUUGGUCCUGUGACCAAUGAGCAUUUCAGUCAAUUGGAGUCUCUAUGCAGAAGAAUGCCAGAUAUUGAGGAGAACGAAUCACCUGGGAAAACUGGAGCUGAUGACGAAAUCGGUGUUGCUGUCACAUUUGAAGGUGAUGAUGACGACGAGGGUAUUGAUGGUUUGACUGAUGAAGAGGAUGAAGAAGAUAUAGAUGAUGAGCCAAGUCUCCAAGCUCCUGUGGAGACCUCACAAACUCUUGAGAAUGAGAGUGAAAUUAUUAAAGGUACGAGUACAUCUGAAAACUCGAAGGAAGCCACACUCCCAGCACAUGAAUUGGACGCAUAUUGGCUUCAACGUAGAUUGAGCCCUAUAUUUACAGAUGCACAUUUGUUACAGGAGAAAACAGCCCAGGUGUUCGAAAUUCUUGCUUCUCCUAUGUCCUUGGGGCAAGCGGAAAAUGAGAUAAUGGAACUGUUCGAUUUUGAUCAUUUCGACCUGGCCAAAUUUCUAUGCCUUAACCGUAGCAAAAUUGUGUGGCUAACGAGAUUUAACCGAGCUGAGACUGGAAUUCAAAGGGAUGCCAUUUUGAGUGACAUGGUUUCAGCUGGACUACAGGAUAUUGUAGAUGAACUACGGGGAACUUCUCAGGAGAAGACUGGAAUGGACGUGGAUGCACCUGAAGAAGAGCCACAAGAAGCAGAGUUAGCAAGACGAGUCAAAACAUCAAAGCUUACCCCCAACUUAGUCGACCUUGAUUCUCUAAUUUUUGAUGAAGGAAGCCAUCUUUAUACAGGCGGCAAGAUAACUCUUCCUGAAGGAUCCUAUAAGUCACCACCCACUAAGACAUACGAGCAGUAUAACAUACCCGCACCUAAAAAGCAUUACAACCCAAGUGAGAUGUUCGUUCGUAUCUCAGAGCUUCCUGAGUGGACCCACCCGGCUUUUGAAGGAACAGCAUCUCUCAACACUAUUCAAAGUCAUGUUUUCCCAAUGGCAUUUGGGUCUGAGGAAAAUUUACUUAUUUGUGCACCUACUGGUGCUGGUAAAACCAAUAUUGCGUUAUUGACGAUUCUCAGAGCUAUAUCUCAGUAUCGAAAUGCAAGGAACAAUCAGUUCGAGCUCGAAGCCUUCAAGAUAGUAUAUAUUGCGCCUUUGAAAGCUUUGGUCCAGGAGCAAGUUAGAGAAUUCGGAAAAAAGUUGGCCCCUUUUGGAAUUCAAGUAGCGGAAUUAACCGGUGAUAGAAACCUCACAAAGCAGCAGAUGUCACAAACACAAGUUAUUGUGACGACACCUGAAAAAUGGGAUGUCAUCACUCGUAAGUCGUCUGACACUAGUUAUGCAAAUCUAGUCCGUCUUAUCAUUAUUGACGAAAUUCAUCUCCUACAUGAUGAACGUGGUCCAGUGUUAGAGAGCAUAGUGGCACGUACCAUACGGCGUUCUGAGGCAACUGGUGAGUCUGUCCGUCUGGUCGGACUUUCCGCAACACUCCCAAAUUAUAAAGAUGUUGCUCGUUUUAUCCGUGUAGAGAAGGGGUUAUUUUAUUUCGAUGCUUCCUACAGACCAUGUCCAUUAGAACAGAAAUUUAUUGGUAUUACGGAAAAAAAGGCAAUCAAGAGGUACCAAGCCAUGAAUGAUGCCUGUUUCGACAAAGUCAUGGAGUAUGCAGGUAAACAGCAGGUAAUCAUUUUUGUACACUCGCGAAAAGAAACAGCUAAAACAGCCAAAUUUCUUCGAGAUAGGGCUUCUGAGGAGGGUGUGUUGAAUAAGUUUUUGAAGAGCGAUAUUGCCUCACGAGAGAUUCUACGGUCUGAGAGUGAAUUGGUUUCAAAUUCGGACUUGAAAGAUUUACUGCCUACCGGGUUUGCUAUUCAUCAUGCAGGAUUGCGAAGAGCCGAUAGAUCUUCUGCCGAAGAACUUUUUGCAGCCGGCCAGGUUCAGGUUUUGGUAUCUACUGCCACACUCGCAUGGGGAGUAAAUCUUCCUGCUCAUACUGUAAUUAUCAAAGGAACCCAAGUUUACAAUCCUCAAAGAGGUAGGUGGACUGAGCUCUCGCCUCAAGAUGUUAUACAAAUGCUCGGUAGAGCUGGUCGUCCAAGAUAUGACAAUUAUGGAGAGGGUAUUAUCAUCACCGCCCAUACAGAGCUUAACUACUACAUGUCGCUGUUAAAUGCCAAAUUACCUAUCGAAAGUCAAUUUAUGUCGAAACUAGCUGAUAAUUUGAAUGCCGAAAUUGUAUUAGGUAAUGUCAGGACAAGAGAUGAUGCUGUUGAAUGGUUGGGCUACAGUUAUCUCUAUGUGAGAAUGUUAAAGUCCCCCUCAAUAUACAGGGUGGGUGAGAAUUAUUCAAACGAUAAAUUUCUGGUUAAAAAGAGGUUGGAUCUGGUGCAUUCGGCGUUGGUCGCCCUGAGUCAGAGCCGUCUUGUAAAAUAUGAUGAAGAAAAUGGUCGAAUCCAGUCAAGUGAACUGGGAAGAAUCGCCUCACAUUUUUAUAUCUCGCAUACUUCUAUCGCAACUUACAACAACAUGCUCACCCCAUAUCUGUCUCCUAUUGAAAUCUUCAGGAUUUUUUCACUCUCCGAAGAGUUUAAAAAUAUUCCUGUCCGACAAGAGGAGAAACUAGAACUAUCAAAAUUGAUUGAGAUGGCUCCCAUACCUGUAAAGGAAACAAUCGAGGAGCCUGCGGCUAAAAUCAAUAUUUUAUUGCAAGCAUACAUUUGCCGAUUGAAGCUGGAUGGAUUUGCAUUGGCUGCCGAUAUGGUUUAUGUUACACAAUCGGCUGGACGGCUAUUUAGAGCUAUUUAUGAGAUCUGUUUAGGUAAAAGAUGGGCUGGCUUAACAAGAACUACCCUUGAUAUCUGUAAAAUGGUUGCUGAGAGAAUGUGGCUUUCCAAUACACCUUUGCGUCAGUUUCCCGACGCGCCUGCAGAAGUGAUCCGCAAGAUGGAAGCUUCACAGAUGCCAUGGAACAGAUACUUUGACUUGACAGAUCCAGCCGAGGUUGGACAAGCUAUCCGUGUGGAAAGAGCUGGCUCGCAGGUAUUCCGAUUAUUACAGCAAUUCCCACGACUAGAAUUAAAUGCACAAUUCCAACCGGUUACUCCCAGUUUACUACGAGUCGAGCUUGAAAUCACACCUAAGUUCGAAUGGAACAGAAAUGUUCAUGGUUCCAGUGAGUCGUUCAUUAUACUAGUGGAGGACUGUGAUGGUGAGGUAAUUUUAUUUAGUGACACCUUUGUCUUGAAGGAGCAAUACGCUACUGAAGAACACAUUGUAGAGUUCACCGUUCCAAUUUCUGAUCCCAUACCACCCAAUUAUUUCGUAUCUGUGAUUUCGGAAAAAUGGUUACAUAGCGAAGCCCGAUUAGUGAUGUCUUUUAAGGAUUUGAUUGUUCCGUCUAAAUUUCCUGCACACACUCCUACAUUUGACCUCGAGCCGAUGCAGACUUCCGAACUAAAUGAUAAAGAGUAUGAAUCAUUGUACCCAUGGAAAACUUUCAACCGGAUUCAGACACAAACAUUUAAUACAUUGUAUGGAUCCGAUAGUAAUGUUUUUGUAGGGGCUGCACCAGGAAAUGGAACGGGGGUAUGUGCUGAGUUAGCCAUCCUUAGAUUGUGGAAUGAAUCUUCUGAUGGGAAAGCUGUUUAUGUGGCGCCAUUUGAAGACCAGAUUCAAAAGAAACUACUCGGCUGGAGAUUUAGACUUUCAUCGAUUCACGGUGGCAAGGAGAUCAACAAACUUACUGGCGAACUCUCCAACGAUUUGAAGAUUCUUGAACGGUCGUCUUUGGUGCUUGCUACUCCAACUCAGUGGGAUGCAAUUUCCCGUAAAUGGCACAAACGUAGAAAUGUUCAGAAAGUGAGACUGUUUAUAGCAGAUGAUGUUCAUAUGAUUGGCGGUUUGAAUGGAUCAGUAUAUGAGAUAAUUAUCUCAAGAAUGCGAUAUAUGUCAGCUCAGCUUGAAUCUGGCUUGAGACUUGUGGCUCUUGGAGUGUCGCUUGCUAAUGGCAAAGAUCUCGGAGAGUGGAUAGGUGCUACUAGUCAAACCAUAUUUAAUUUUUCACCGAAGGAACGAAUGUAUCCCUUGGAAAUUCAUUUACAAUCACUGGGCAUCCCUCACCACCCAUCGUUGAUGAUAGCAAUGGCAAGACCUACGUUUCAAGCUGUUACAACAUUGGCCGACGGUAGACCCUCACUCAUUUUUGUAAAUGACUUGAAACAGUGUAUUGAUACAAGUAUGGACUUGCAGAGAUUGGCAUUUGCCGACUGCGACAGCGCUGAUAUUUUCCGAAGAGUGCCGCUUGAAGAGUUGAGUAAUGUAUCCAAGAUCGUUGAUCAAGAUCUAGCUGACAGUGUGGAACAUGGUAUUGGCUAUUUAUAUCCAGCAAUGUCUAGCAGAGAUAGAGUUAUUGUCGAAGACUUGUUUAACAGAAAUCUGAUUGGCAUCCUCAUCGCCACCAGAGAAACCUGCUGGACAUCACCCAAGGCGCAGUUGGUGGUCGUUAUGGGCACCCAGCUUUAUGAAGGUCGGGAACAUAGAUAUAUUGAUUAUCCGAUUAGUGAACUGCUCCAAAUGAUUGGAAGGGCUAGUGAUCCAUCGAACAGUAAAACUCUUAUUCUCACCAAUACCACUAAACGGGAUUAUUACAAAAAGUUCCUAAAUGAAGCGUUACCUAUCGAGAGUCAUCUUAAUCUCUAUCUUCACGAUGCUUUCAUAGCAGAAAUUAGCGAGCGGGUAAUAACAUCCCCAGAAGACGCUGUUGACUGGCUGACUUAUAGUUACUUCUACCGAAGGCUGAAAUUAAAUCCUAGCUAUUACGGCAUUACGGAUCAAUCAGACAACGGUUUGAACGAGUAUCUUUCCGAACUAGUGGAGACUACGUUACAGGAUUUAUCUGAGGCCCAAUUGAUUGAAUACGAUGAAGACCAGGAAGAAUCGCCCAUAACUGUUCUCAAUGGAGCCUUCAUUGCUGCAUACUACAAUAUUUCAUUUAUUACCAUGCAGACAUUCUCUUUGUCCUUGGGUGCCAGAUCAAAGCGUAGGAAUAUCCUGGAAAUAAUUAGCUCUGCUGCUGAGUUCGAGAAUAUUCCAAUAAGGAACCAUGAGGAUUUAGCUUUGUCGCGUUUACAUGAGAGGGUGCCCUAUAAGUUAUCAGAGCCAGCACCUGGAACAACUAGAUUUAAGGCGUUUGUUCUUCUUCAGGCCCAUAUUUCACGACUAACUCUUCCGCCUGACUUGGUUUCGGAUCAAAAGUUGAUAUUAGAAAAGACUUUACAACUUCUCUCUGCCUCUGUGGACGUGUUGUCUGGGAAUGGCCAUCUCAACGCGCUACAAGCGAUGGAUUUGUGUCAGAUGGUGGUUCAGGCUACAUGGGAUAAGGACUCUCCACUGAAACAAAUCCCAUAUUUCACUGAUAGUAUUAUUGAGCGAUGCAAUUCCGAACAGUAA